AUGGGAGAGGCGGCGGCGACCGACCACGCGGCGGCGCGGAGGCGCUUUGAGUGCUCCUACUGCGGCCGAGACUUCGCCAACUCGCAGGCGCUCGGCGGCCACCAGAACGCGCACAAGAAGGAGCGCCACCGCGCGGCCGCCGCCGCCGCCGCACACCUCCGCGCGGCGCCGCCCCUGCGCCGCCGCGCGCCUCUCGCCGCCGAGCCCUCAUCCCCGGCGCCGGAGCGCGCGCUCUGGUGCGGCCCCGGAGCCGCCGCCGCCGCGGGGGCGCCGCUCCACGCGCGCGCGCUCGUGCCUCCUCCGGCUCUCGCUUGGUCGCGGGUCGCUCUCGUGCCGUCGUGGCCGCCGCCCUUCGCGGUCGAUCGGACGGCUGGGGAUUCUGUCGAACAUGGGGUGGAUCUACACCUCACCCUUGCUCCCUCCUCCACCUCUUCUUCCUUUUCUUCACCUCCUUAAUUUUUUGCUUUGUUUUUAAGAUCAUUAAAAUGUCACCUUGUUAUUAAAUUUUUCAUUUGUUCAUAAAUAAUGUUUGCCGGAUUAAGUUAUCCACAGUUAACUUAUUCGAUCCGAAGAUUUUCUUA